UGCGUCGUUGGGGUGUGUACAAAAACAAAUAUUUCUUAAAAAAAAGUUAUUUCGCGUCAUUUCGAGUCAAGUCAUAUGACUCGAGUCUGCCAUUUCUGCAGUGAAGUGACAGACGCAAAUCUGGAAUAUUCUGACUUUAGUUUAGUUUUCAUCGGCAAAAUGUGUGUUUUGGAUAAAAAGCCUCCACAGCAGUCUGAAGGCUUCAAACAGCGUGUGAUCAGGGCACUGCUGUACUGCACUGGAGAAAUGCAACACUUCCACAUUCACAUGCAGGAUAAAAUCUUCCUGUUGCAGUUGGUCGAAUGGUGUUUGCGUGGGACUUCGCAGGUGAUUCUGGUAAACAACCCCCUGAGUGGAGCCCUGAUUCUGGGAGCGCUGCUGCUGGAGAGCCCCUGGCUGGCUCUGCUUGGGAUACUUGGCCUCUUGGCCUCCACCUUCACAGCUGUAAUACUGGGACAGGACUGUGAGGAGAUAUCCAGUGGCCAUUAUGGUUUUAAUGGAAUGCUGGUGGCUUUACUGAUUGGUGCUUUCAGCUCUGCCGGUAACUGGUACUGGUGGCUACUGUUGCCGGCGUGUCUUGGUGGAGCUACAACGACAUUUCUGUCCAGUGGUUUGGCUCCUAUUUUGGAUCGCUGGGACUUACCAGUCAGCGUCUUUCCUUUUAACACGAUCAUCUUACUCUAUCUGGCCUGUACUGGUACAUCUAAUCCUUAUUUUCCAAACACUCCAGCCCUGCCACCGGGGGCACCAGAGAGCACUAACCUCACCCAACUGCAUGUGCCACAGUGGGCUGAGAGCACAUCACAACAACUUAGUAUUAAGCUCCUACAGGGGGCGGUGCUGGGCGUGGGCCAGAUCUUUGCAUGUCAGACUGUAGGGCCAUCGUUACUCAUCCUGGUCGCUGUUCUAAUCUUCUCACCUAUUUUGACUGUCUACGCCAUCUUCGGGUCUGUCAUUGGCAUUGUGGCAGGGCUGUCUGUGUCAGUGCAGCAGGGAUUUUUAUACUCUGGCCUUGCUGGAUUUAACGGUGCUCUGGGUUGCAUGACCGUGGGGGCGCAUUUCAUCUUUAACUGGCGAACACACCUCUUAUCCAUUGCAAGUGCAUUUCUUUCAUCCUACUCAGAUAUUGCUUUGGGCAACCUGCUGGGAUUUGUGGGACUCCCACCCAGCAGUUGGGCUUCCACCCUGACAGGCACUUUGAUGCUACUACUGACAGGGAAAAACCUCAGAGGAUACAGAAUCCCUAUUGAACAAGUAACCUCACCAGAAAUGAACUUACACCCGUGUUUCCAAUGGUCUGAGGCCAACACGGAUGUUGCUGAUGUGUAAAGGACAAGACACGCAUCCAAAAUGUAUGAAAUCAUUCAAAAUAGUUUACAUACAUUUCCAAAAACUAUGCAAUAUUUGCGUGACAUGAGACAGGUGCUUAUUUUUAGAUAAUGCACACAUUAAAAAUCAAUUGCUUAUGCUUAUGGGCAAUGUAUACAUAUAAACAUACACAAAUAAAAACAAGAGGAUGUCUGCAAGAAAGAAAAGAUUUUAUUGAUGCUGUAAACAUGUUUCAUUAUUACAAAACUGCACUGUAACCAAGUUGUACAUUACAUCACUACCUAGGCUGAGGCCUUCCGGUGUACAUAUUACAAUUCCAACAUUUAAACUCACAAAAAACAACUUUUAAACAAAAUAUAUGGCUGAAAAUAAGUUAACAUGCAAAAGGAUUAUUUACCAUAAAUGUACAAAAUCAGAAACUCCAUUAAACAAUAUCUAAAUAACAAUGUGAAAA